CGGUGAGAAACCUAGUCUAGUUCGCCUGUACAAUAAAUUAACUCCUCUCCUCUUCAGUUCCUUUCAUUAACACCCAUGCCACAGUACUUUUCUGUAGAACCAUUCUAGCUUCAUUUUGACUCAUCGCAUACAAGGUUCGAUGCUAAUUAUCACGAAGAAUAAAAAGACUCCAAUCCGUGCAUGUUUUGGCGCAGGCCUCUCCCACCCUUUACCUCUUUCCGCGCAUUUAUAACGAAAAUGGCGACGGGCGAUUUGGAAGGAAAUCGAGAGCAGGCUGGGGAGCCGACCUCCCAACCAUUAGCCAUCCGAACAACAGAUUCCAAGCCCGAAACAACAACGACGACAUCGCAAGAUGGCUCCGCGCCUUUUGACAUCGUCGAGACAUACAAGAACCUCCUCCUCUCGGACCCGGACAUCUCGAUGCCCGUUGCCGCCAUCGAGGCCCUGAUUGCCCUCCUGGGCUCCACGCCCGCGACGACGGCAAUGGAGACGGUCUCGGUCGUCCGCUCGCAGGCCGAGCGCCUGCGGCGCGCCGUGCCGAACCCGAUCCCCCUCACGGCCGGGACGGACCUCUUCCAGCAGUACCUCCUGCGGUCUCUUAAGGGACAGACCACAGGCGGACCGGCAGGGACAGCGGCCCCGCCCCCGUCCUUCGACGCCACGCGCCAGCACCUCCUCCGCAACAGCCGCCUCUUCGCCGCCCGCGCCAAGGCCGCCCGCGACGCCAUCGCCGACAGGGGCAGCGGCUACGUCCUCGACGGCAGCGUCGUCCUGGCCGCGGGGUCGUCCCGCACCGUCGCGGCGCUGCUCCUGCGCGCCGCGGACCGCCACACCGCGAGGUGGGGGUCCCCGCGCUUCCGCGUCGUCCACGUCCUCGACGACGGCAAAAACGACGACCACGGAACUACUACCAACAGGGGCGGCGUGGCGGCCGUGUCGGCGCUGCGGGCCCGCGGCGUGCCAACGGCGACGAUCGGGCCCGAGGCGGCGGCGCACGUGCUCUCGGCGGCGCGCGUCGACAUGGUCUUCGUCGGCACCGAGGUGGUGGUGCAGAACGGCGGGCUGCUGUCGCGCAUGGGCACGUUCCAGCUCGCGACGCUGUGCCGGGCCGCGGGGACGCCCUUCUACGUCGCCGCCGAGACGCACAAGAUCGUCAGGCUCUACCCGCUCAGCCAGGCGGACCUGCCGCGGUGCGGCGUGCAGCAGGACAUUCUGGAUUUCCGGACGGACGACGACGGCGAGAGGGUCGAGGCUGGCGGGAAGGGCGAGGCUGGCGGUCGGACGGAGUUGCCGGGGCAGGUGCCAGUCGACUAUACGCCCCCUGGCCUGAUCUCGGCCAUCAUUACCGAGCAAGGCGUCAAGAACCCGGCGGCCGUCUACGACAUGCUGCUGGACAUCUACACCUGAAAAGGCCACACGGAUGGGAUCUCAGGCCCCGCCUCUUCCUGUACACGACGAACACGACACGUUGGAGGAACAGGUCGUAUGGUCGUGGCUUUUGGUGCCUGGCCUGGCGUGCGAGCCCUGCA